AUGAGAAGCAUAAAGGCUGUCGUGGUGGGCGACGGUGGCGUCGGAAAGACGUGUCUCUUGAUUUCGUACACGACCAACACGUGCCCCGACGACUAUAUCCCCACGGUUUUCGAUAACUAUUCUGCGUCGGUGAUGAUCGACGGCGAGCCCAUCAAAUUGGGCUUGUGGGAUACUGCGGGCCAGCUGGAAUACGACCGGUUGCGCCCGUUGCUGUAUCCACAAACAGAAAUCUUCAUCUGCUGUUUUUCGGUGGUGAAUCCGCUGUCAUUCCAGAACGUGAAGCAGAAAUGGAUACCGGAGAUCAUGCACCACUCCCCGCGGGACAUCUUGGUGCUUUUGGUCGGUACAAAGACGGAUUUGCGGGACGAGCCGCACAUAUUGGAUGAGUUGCAAGGCAAGCACCAGACACCGGUUCUGUUCCAGCAGGGCCAGAAGUUGGCCAAGGAAGUCGGCGCAGUCAGGUACAUGGAAUGUUCGUCGACGACACAGACCGGUGUGCAGGAGUUGUUCGACUACGCCAUCCGGGCCGUCUUAGACCCGUCUGUUAAAGCCGAGGUAAAACAAACCCCGCAGCCCGUGGGACGUGCCGGAAAAAAGGCGAAAGGUGAGUUACCUGGGGACAAGCCGCGGAUGGUGAGACAGGCCAAGAAAUGUGCUAUUUUGUAG